UCGCGGCUCCCGGCUGCGGCGCCCGGCGCGUGUUAGCUGGCUCUGGGCGUGCGCCGCCGACGAGGGCUGGGCCGGCGGGCGGUUAGCGCUCCGUUCGACGCGGGCCGGCACGCCGGGCGCUGCGCGGCCUCGGCGGGCGGCGGUGGCGGCGACGGCGGCCGGGCUCUCGGGUUCUGUGCCCCAGGCCGGCGCUAGUCGGUGCCCCGGCGGAGCGACGGGCACCCGGGCUCCCUGGCCCCGGGCCCCCCCCGGCUGGGGUGGCUGGGGCAAGGGGACGAUGUCUGCUCGCGCCCCGGUGCCCGCCGUUCACUCUCGGGAGGAUCCGCCCGCGGCGGCCGCAGAGAGGGAGUCGCGGUUGGCCGCGGCAAGCCGGCAGGCCGAGCAGCCGCCCCCGCCGGAUCGAGACGGGAAGGAGGCGGCGAGGGAGGAAAGGGCCGCGGCCAGCACCAGCGCGGGGGCGCGGGGAGAGCCGUCUCCGGUGCCAGUGCUGGGACACAGCGUGCCCCAGGCGGCCGUGCCCGUGAGGCCCCUGUCCCUGCACCUGGCGCACAAGGCGCGCGGGCCCGGGGGCCCCUUCGGCGGGGAGCCGCUGCCACCGCCGCCGCGGGAGCCGCCGGCCGAGGACGCCCGAGAUGAGGCGGCAGCGGCCGGCCCCGAGGAAAAGCUGCCGCCGCCGCCACUGCCACCACCACCGCCGCCGCUGCCGCCUAAGGAAAACCCCUGGACCAAAAAGCCUCCCCAGCACCUGUCCCCCGCCGGGACGGGCCCGCCGCCGCCCCCGCUGGAGACUCUGGAGGCAGAGCUCAGUUCCCCAAAAACUAUAAAAGCUGGAAAACUCAAGACAAAGAAACCUAAUAAGCCUAGUGAUUUCAGCGAUAUGGCGAACUGGCCAACACCAAGUGAAUUAGUGAACACUGGAUGUCAUAGUGUCAUCAGUCAAGGGAAUAAGAAGCUGCAGAAUAGAAAGGAAAAAGAAGAGAAGACUGAGAAGAAAAGUAACAACGAGAGUAAAGAAAACCGGGAAAUAAAAUUAGAUGGCCCUGGUGAAAACGUCAGUGAAGAUGAGGCUCAAUCAAGUAAUCAGCGAAAAAGAGCUAAUAAGCACAAGUGGGUACCUCUCCACUUGGAUGAUGUAAGACCAGACAGUCAAGAAAGACCUGGUUCCCGGAAUAGUUCAAGAUGUCAACCUGAAACAAAUAAAUCAGCACAUGCCAAUAGGAGAAAUGACACACGAAGUUGGAGGCGAGAUAGAGAAAAAAGAGAAGACCAAGAUGAAGUGUCCAGUGUGAGAAGUGAGGGUGGUAAUAUCCGAGGUUCCUUUAGAGGCCGAGGAAGAGGCCGAGGACGGGGAAGAGGACGAGGCAGAGGAAAUCCUCGAUUGAACUUUGAUUAUUCGUAUGGUUAUCGAGAACAUGGUGAACGGACUGAUCAACCAUUUCAGACAGAUCUUAAUACCAGUAUGAUGUAUUACUAUGAUGAUGGUACAGGCGUACAGGUGUAUCCUGUGGAAGAAGCAUUGCUUAAAGAGUAUAUUAAGCGUCAAAUUGAGUAUUACUUCAGUAUAGAAAAUCUAGAACGGGACUUUUUUCUUCGGCGAAAGAUGGAUGAACAAGGUUUCUUGCCUAUUUCCCUGAUUGCUGGUUUUCAUAGAGUUCAGGCUCUCACCACAAACCUUAAUCUCAUCUUAGAGGCACUGAAAGAUAGCACAGAAGUAGAAAUAGUGGAUGAGAAAAUGAGAAAAAAGAUAGAACCAGAAAAAUGGCCAAUUCCAGGCCCUCCUCCACGUAAUGUGCCACAGACGGACUUCUCUCAACUGAUUGAUUGUCCAGAGUUCGUACCAGGCCAAGCCUUUUGCUCACAUACAGAGUCUGCCCCAAAUUCUCCAAGAAUGGGAAGUCCAUUGAGCCCAAAGAAAAAUACUGAAACAAGUAAUCUUCAAGCAAUGUCUAGAGGUUUGUCUACAAGUUUGCCUGACUUGGACUCAGAACCUUGGAUAGAAGUAAAAAAGAGACAUCGUCCACCCCCAGUGAAAUUGAAGGAAUCAGUAUUUAUAACAGAAGAGGCAUCAAAUCAACUAUAUCCUCCUGAAGAACAAGAACAAGAAGAACUUGAUUUUUUAUUUGAUGAAGAGAUUGAGCAAAUAGAAGGACAAAAAAACACAUUUGGUGAUUGGUCUGAUAAUGAUUCAGAUUAUGAAAUUGAUGACCUGGAUUUAAAUAAGAUUUUGAUCGUAACUCAGACACCACCUUACAUGAGAAAACAUCCUGGAGGAGAUCUAACAGGCAACCAUAUGUCUUGGGCAAAAAUUACAUCUGAACUUGCUAAAGUUAUCAAUGAUGGCUUAUAUUAUUAUGAGCAGGAUCUGUGGAUGCAAGAAGAUGAAAAUAAACACACACCCUUAAAGCAAGAAGUUGAGAACUUUCAGAAGCUAAAUCUCAUUAGUAAAGAGCAGUUUGAAAACCUAACACCUGAACUUCCUUUUGAGUCAAAUCAAGAAGUUCCUGUAGCACCUUCAGAGUCCAGGCAAGAUUUGACUGAUGAGUUAGUUCAGAAGCUGUUUGAUGCUUCAGAAAUAACUUCAGCAACAGUUGCCCAUUCGUUGCCCACUAUAGUUCCAGAAUCUCCGAGGAGUCAUCCUGCAAGGACACCCAAAACACCUCGGACACCCAGGUUGCAAGAUCCUAACAAAGCACCAAGAUUUUAUCCCGUUGUUAAGGAACCAAAACUCCUUGAUGUAAAGUGUCCACGAAAAAGAAAAACAAGGCACAGUACAAAUCCUCCUGUAGAGUGUCAUGUUGGUUGGGUAAUGGAUUCCAGAGAUCACGGGCCAAGAACAUCCUCUAUCAGCAGUUUAAAUGCUUCGCCUUCAGAAGGUCUUCCCCUGGGAGGCAGUGAUGGAUGUACUCCUCAUUCAUUCCCCAAAUUCCAGCACCCUUCUCACGAGCUUCUGAAAGAAAAUGGCUUUACCCAACAAGUGUACCACAAGUAUCGUCGAAGAUGCCUAAGUGAGAGAAAAUGCUUGGGAAUUGGUCAGUCCCAAGAAAUGAAUACCCUCUUUCGUUUCUGGUCCUUUUUCCUCAGAGAUCACUUCAAUAAAAAAAUGUACGAGGAAUUUAGACAACUUGCUUGGGAAGAUGCAAAAGAAAAUUACAGGUACGGGUUAGAAUGUCUGUUCAGGUUUUAUAGUUACGGACUGGAAAAAAAAUUCAGACAAGAAAUUUUUAAGGAUUUCCAAGAAGAAACCAAAAAAGACUACGAAUCUGGUCAGCUGUAUGGACUAGAAAAGUUUUGGGCUUAUCUGAAAUAUUCUCAAUCUAAGACACAUUCUGUUGAUCCAAAGCUUCAGGAAUACCUCUGUAGUUUUAAGAGGUUAGAAGACUUCCGUGUCGAACCCCCUAUUAGUGAGGAAUUCGGAAGCAAAAGGCAUUCAUCUACUUCUGGUGAGAAAAAUAAUCAUCAUAGACUUCCAUCUGAUUCCUCUGCACAGCCACCGAAUGCAGCUAAGCACACGUCUGCCACUGAGCUUCAGGUCCCAAUAAACUCUCCCAGAAGGAAUGCUGCGCAGGAGUCCAGUGACAGUUCUCACCAGAACAGUGCUGCCUCCAUCUCCACCAAUGGUGAAAUGCCUGAGAAAUAGACUCUUAUGAAAGUUGUUUGUUCUUGAAAUCAACAUUCACAUCAGUAUUUAUUUGGGAAAACUCUCCUGAUGUUUAAUUGUGAUAAUCAGAAAAAAGAAAAAGAAAGAGAAGUAGUGGCAUUUUUCAAGCAAGGUAAAUCCUGAAAGUAUUUUUCCUGAUUUCACAAACGAGGAUAGUUUUGGUGAGAUCCUUUUACUGAGAUCCUCUAGUAGUAUAUUUUGAUCCCAGUAUUUUUUUUUCGAAGCUAGUGUUUACAGGAACAGCAUUCUGUUUAAAGGUAUUUAAAACAACACAAGGAAUGCCUAAGGUUUCAGCUCAUACUUCUUAAAGAAGAUAUAGUAUGUUGUAUUCAUCUCUUCUGUAGAGCUUUCUUAAGGAAUCCGGUUGCCCCACUAUCAAUUCAUAUUUGAACUUACCAAAAACAAAGGAAGAUUACGUAUAUAUUUUGUAAAUUGAGAAAGAAAUGAAAUGAUACAUUUACUUUUUCUGUUAGAUGUAAAGUUUAAAGGAUGUCCUUCUUUCCUUUACAAAGGUAGAAAUACAUAGCAAAGUGGUGGUUAUGUAUGUAUGGCACUGCUGAUGCAGGGAUUCGGUUUUUCUAGUCAUACCUCAUGAUUUCCACAGUUGUUGGUGUUGAGUUCUCUGAACUGACAUAAGCUAGUUACAUUAUUAGUAGAGAUUUACUUUUGCAAUUCUGUAUGAACUUGAACCUAUAGUUGAAAACUGCAUUGGGAUUGGUUGGAAUAUUGAAUUAAUUAAAUCUCUUGUUUUGAAUUCAUCUGCUGUUUUUACAUCUGCAAGUAAGGGUGUCAGAAGCAGUCAGAUUACUUUCAAUUUAAAAAGAGUACUUAGUUUUUCCUUAUUUCUUUUAAUUUGGUUUUAUGCUCAAAAGUAUUUGAAGAGUUACAACAAAUUGGUUUCUAAUUAUUAUUGCUAUUGUAACUUAUGUAAAUGAUAGUUUCGGUUUUUGUGAGAUUUUAAAAAUAAAGCACAAGCACCUAUUCUGAAUUAUUUAAAAUGAUUAUUAUUUUUAUUAAAAAUAUAGUUGAAAAACUAAAGUGCAAAUUCUUCUGAUAGAAGACCUUAUAUUUUGCGAAUGAAGUUUCAGUUAUAAACUUAACUAUAUCUGUUUUUAAUGAGUACAGCAUGACUGACAAAAUUUUCUCAGAUUGGCAGAAGUAGCUAAUUUCAAUACAUUAUUUUUUUGAGUAGAUAGGUGUCUUAUAAUUCAUAAUAUUGAAAUACAUAUUCUCUUAUUUGGAUAGGUGGGCUACUCAUCACAAAAAGAUUUUCAUUAAGUUAUCUCCCAUGCAUAGAUGAUAGCCUUCAGUUUAAUAAUAGUUACUAUUUUGGGAAGUCAUUUUGGCACUUUAAUUUUAGGAAAAUUUGAAUAUUCAGAAAAUAAACUUUACUUAGAAAUAAGAGGUUACAAAACAAACAAUGGAGGGGCCAGCACUGUGGCGUAGCAGGUAAUGCUGCCACUUGCAGUGCCAGCAUUCCAUGUGGAUGCUGGUUUGAGUCCCGGCUGCUCCUCUUCUGAUCCAGCUCUCUGCUAUGGCCUGGGAAAGCAGUAGAAGAUGGACCAAGUCCUUGGGCCCCUGCACCCAUAUGGGAGACCGGGAAGAAGCUCCUGGCUCCUGGCUUUGGUUUGGCACAGCUCUGGCCAUUGCAGCCAUCUGGAGAGUGAACCAGCAGAUGGAAGACCACUCUCUCUCUCUCUCUCUGUGACUCUGCCUUUAAAAUAAAUAAAUAAAUCUUUAAAAAAAAUGGAUUAUAAAAAUCAAGUAUUUAGUAUUUUUAAAAAAAGAUUUAUUUAUUUGGAAGGCAGAAUUAGAGAGAGAGGGAGAGAUACAGAUUAUCUUCCAUCUGCUGAUUCAUUCUCCCAAUGACCUCAAUGGCCAGGGCUGAGCCAAGCCAAAGCCAGAAGCCAGAAGCUUUAUCCAGGUCCCCCAUGUUGGGUCUUCUGUUGCUUUCCCAGGCCUUGGGCAGGGAGCUGGAUCUGAAGUGGAGCAGCCGGGACAUGACCCAGUGCCCACAUGGGAUGCUGGCGUCCCAGGUGGCAGCUUAACCUACACUAUGCCACCACAUCAGACCCGCAUUUAGUAUUUUAUAAAAGGAGUAUGUAAUUCUGGCUUUUCAGUGAGGAAUGUCCAACCCAUGCUUAUUAGCUCUAAGUGAUUUCUUGAAAUGAUCUAAAAUUUUUUCUCAAUUGCCUUUUUGUACUGAACACAUAUAGCUGAAACCAUAUUUAACUUAAGAUUAUUUUUACUCAACUAAAUGUGCAAGUGUGAAUUUGGAAAAUUAUCUUUUUUAUGAAAAUACAAUAAUCAAGAAGUUUGUACCAUAUUUUAAAAAACAUUUUUUAAUUAUUAUUUGACAGAGCUAGACAGUGAGAGAGAGAGAGAGACAGAAAGGUCUUCCUUCCGUUGGUUCAUUCCCCAAAUGGUUGCCACGGCCGGCGCCCUGCGCUGAUCUGAAGCCAGGAGCCAGGUGCUUCUCCUGGUCUCCCAUGCGGGUGCAGGGCCCAAGGACUUGGGCCAUCCUCCACUGCCCUCCCAGGCCACAGCAGAGAGCUGGACUGGAAGAGGAGCAACCGGGACUAGAACCCAGCGCCUAUAUGGGAUGCCGGCCCCACAGGCGGAGGAUUAGCCAAGUGAGCCACGGCGCUGGCCCCUGUACCAUAUUUUAAUUAGCAAUUUUACAUUAUUUUUAUUAUAAAGGAAUACAUAUACAUUGAGAUAUUUAUGAAAGCACCAAGAAGAAAAUAAAAAUCUUUUUUAAGAAGAAGAAAAUCCCAAAUUGGUAUCAUGCCAUACAUAUAGCAUUGUAACCUGCUGUUUUCAUUUAAUAGAGUUGACCAUUUUCUGAUAUUAUUAUUUCUACAUCAUGACUGGUUAUGUAGUAUUCCAGCAUGUGAAUGCACCAGUUUAUUUAGCUAAUUACCUUUUGUUGAAUUUUAGCUAUGACCAAGUUUUGCCGGUUACAAAAAAAAAGUUAAUUAAUGAGAUCCUACCUGUAAAUCUUUGUAUAUAACCUUGGAGUCAUUGCCUAGAGUAAAUUCCUAGAAGUUAAAAUUCUAAAUAAAAACAGAUCCCCAGGUAAGGCCCUCUAGGAAGGUUGCAGUGUAUACUUUCACCAGUAGCAUCUGCUUCCCUACGUCCUUACUAACAUCAAUUAUUAAAAUAUUUUAAAGAUCCAUUUGAGAGAAGGACAGACUUCCAUCUGGAACUGAAACCCAGGCACUCCAAUAUGGGAUGCAGGUUUCCCAGUGUAUUAGCUGUUGCACUACAGUGCCCUGUUAUAAAUAUUUCUUAACAUCAGUUAUUAUAAAUCUCUCUGUUUGCUAGAAGUAAAAGAUAUUGUUCUAAUCUCACUUUAGUGUGAUUUUAACCACAUUAUUAAUUAGUGAUUUUUAUUAUUUGCUAUAUUUUCUGUAGCUUGCUUGAUCAUAGUCUUUAUGUUUUCCUUUUGGACUGAGUAUCUUUUCCUUGUCAAUGAUAGAGGCUAUUUUUUUCUUACUAAGAAUGUUAACUUUUCUUUUAGUUUUUUAAAAAAUUUGUUUUUAUUUGAAAGUCAGAGUUAGAGAGAGAGGACUAGAUCGAGAUCUUCCAUCUGUUUUACUCCCCAGGUGGCUGUAACAGGCAGAGCUGGGCCAACCCAAAGUCAGGAGCCAGGAGCCUCCUCCAGGUCUCACAUGGGUGGCAGGGACCUAAGCACUUGGCCAUCUUCCUCUGCUUUUCCCAGGCCAUUAUCGGGAACUGGAUUGGAAGUAGAGCAGUGGGGACUGAAACUGGUGCCUAUGUGGGAUGCCCAGCUGCUCCACUUCCAACCCAGCUCCCUGCUAAUGUGCCUGGGUUAUAUAUGAACUGUAAGAUAUGCAGAACCGGAACACUGACAAUACAAUGUACAAGGAGCCUUUCCAGUUACUGCUGUGGCCCAUUUCUACUGAAGAGAAAUGUCCAUCUGUACAGUCACUUUUACCAACCAGUGGGGAUAGGCAGCCCCUGCCAAGCCUCCACUGUAGGCAUCUGUUUGAUCCAAAAAUUGAGAGGACUGCAUACAUUUAAAAUCAGUCAUUGAUGAAGUGGUGGAACAUCACACUUUGAACAUGGUAAUCUCUCCCCCAAAAAAUCAAUCCCAGUUUUAAGUGACCACAGGUCCUUUGUCCAUCAUGAAAACCCUACAGGAUUGAGGGCUUUGGGAGAUGAGAAGAUGAAGGCUGCCAAAAAAGGAGGCACAAAACCAAACCAAAAACCUAGGUCUUGCAAAAUCAUCAUUUUUUCCCUUUACCAAAGAGAACUAGAAAUGUACAAAUUCACUGAUGAACCUCAAUGAUAACAUCAGCUAGCUGAUAACCCUCAUUUUUACCUGGACCCCUGAUUCUUGAGAAUAAACGAAAAGAAUGUGGAUAAUAUAUUUAUAUAUAUAUAUAUAUAUAUACACACACACACACACCACUUUUAGAAAGGAAUCAUUUUGGGGCUGGCGCUGUGGCGUGGCAGGUAAAGCCGCCGCCUGUGGUGCCAGCAUCCCAUAUGGGUGCCAGUUUGAGUCCCAGCUGCCCCACUUCCAAUCCAGCUCUCUGCUAUGGCCUAGGAAAGCAGUAGAAGAUGGCCCAAGUCCAUGGGCCCCUGCACCCACAUGGGAGACCUGGAAGACUCUCCUGGCUCCUGGCUUCAGAUCAGCACAGCUCUGGCUGUUGCAACCACCUGGGGAGUGAACCAGCAGAUAAAAGACCUCUCUCUCUCUCUGCCUCUGUUUUUCAAGCAAAUAAAUAAUAAUAAUAAAAAUAAUAAUAAUGGAACCUUUUGCUUAAAAUAUUCCCUUUAGAAACCAAAACUAGGCCGGCGCCGCGGCUCACUAGGCUAAUCCUCAGCCUUGCGGCGCCGGCACACCGGGUUCUAGUCCCGGUCGGGCGCCGGAUUCUGUCCCGGUUGCCCCUCUUCCAGGCCAGCUCUCUGCUGUGGCCAGGGAGUGCAGUGGAGGAUGGCCCAGGUGCUUGGGCCCUGCACCCCAUGGGAGACCAGGAUAAGUACCUGGCUCCUGCCUUCGGAUCAGCACAGUGCGCUGGCCGCAGCGCGCCUGCCGUGGCGGCCAUUGGAGGGUGAACCAAUGGCAAAAGGAAGACAUUUCUUUCUGUCUCUCUCUCUCACUGUCCACUCUGCCUGUCAAAAAAUAAAAAAUAAUAAUAAUAAUAAAAUAAACCAAAACUGGUCCUGGGCUGUUAUAGGUAUGUGUUCAUCUCUCAGUGGUCUACUCAGAAAUGAUGUUACAGGUGAAGCAGCAGCAGUGAAGAGAUUACCUUGGUUCUUUGUCUCACAUGGAAAAAGAAUUUCCAAGUGGACAAGGCAGAGAGAAAAAGAUUCAUUUAAGUCAAAAGCCUCCUGGCAGAGUGGGCGGGAGGGGAGCUCCAAGAGAGGCAAAGCCCCAGGAGUCUGGUGGUAGUGGGGUUUUGAAGCCCAAUUUUGAGUAAGGAAAAACCUUGACAAUCAGUAACAAGGUGGGGACAAAACCCCUCAAAAGACCUGAUUUGUAGUCUUGUUCACUCUAUCUGGCUUGCUCAAGAUAAAACAAAAGAGCUAUCAGAAGAGGGGAUAUGCAGCUUGUUUUACAGUAAACUGGGAACUCAAAAGGAUGGAGUUGCCACUCCCUUGCUGUCUCAUGAUAAGAUUGGAAGCUCCCAGGCCGGCGCCGCGGCUCACUAAGCUAAUCCUCCACCUUGUGACACUGGCACACCGGGUUCUAGUCCUGGUCGGGGCACCGGAUUCUGUCCCGGUUGCCCCUCUUCCAGGCCAGCUCUCUGCUGUGGCCAGGGAGUGCAGUGGAGGAUGGCCCAAGUGCUUGGGCCCUGCACCCCAUGGGAGACCAGGAGAAGCACCUGGCUCCUGUCUUCGGAUUGGCGCGGUGCACCUGCUGCAGCAUGGCGGCCAUUGGAGGGUGAACCAAAGGCAAAGGAAGACCUUUCUCUCUCUCUCUCUCUCUCUCACUGUCCACCCUGCCUGUCAAAAAAAAAAAAAAAAGGAAGCUCCCAGGGAGUGGGCCAGGCAAUUUUGACAUUGCUAAAGAUAACUUCUGGGAGAAGCCCUGAACCAGCCUGCCAGCCUGACUGCCUAUUAACCAGUCUGACUCCUCACAAUAAGGUUUCUGCUUCCUUCCUUUCUUCCUCCCUCCCUCCCUUCCUCCUCCUCCUCCUCCUCCUCCUCCUCCUUCUUCUUCUUCUUCUUCUUCUUCUUCUUCUUCU